GCAACCACAAAGCCUCAACAGCCCAAACAACAAUCAGACCCUUUGUUGCCUCCGAUACAAGCUUUCUCUCUUGGAUAUAUUCUUAUUUUCCCGGCGAAAAUGGCGAAUUAUUUCUCGGAGGUUUCUGGAAAAAGAGGAACGCCGGAGGAAGAGGAAGCAAGAUAUCCGAGGGCGAUGGAUAAGAGCAACUUCGAAGAUCCUUUCACCGAUCUCUCAGAUGACAAUCUCACUGUCAAGUACACAUACGGUGGCAGUUCUUCUAGCAUGGAGGGCAUGGUUCAGCCCCGAAUUCAGGCGCCGAUCAAGUGCAUCGCUUACUACUUCGAGAUUCUUGUGACUAACGCUGGGUCUGAGGGGCGAAUCGCUACUGGUUUCUCCACGGCGAGUUGGAUUGACAGUCUAGGAUCAUCGGACUUCAAGAAAUGCUAUUAUCAUGGUGACACUGGCCUCAUUCACUGUCUCCAAGGAAAGGGUUUGACUAUAACUGCUGCCAACAAAACUACUGCAAGCACGUAUACAACCGGUGAUAUAGUGGGUUGCGGUAUAGACUAUGUUUCACAGGAAUUUUUUUUCACCAAAAAUGGAUCUUUGGUAGGGACAAGCCCCAAGGUCUUCAAUGGUGUUCUGUACCCAACAGUGGCUCUACACAGCAAAAACGAGGAAGUCACUGUGAAUUUCCAACCCCAAACGUUUCGUUUUGAUCUUGUGGGACACAAAACAUUUAUCAAGGGAAAGCUCAGCGUGGAGAUUGAGAAGAUAUCUAUCUCUCCAAGCGUAACUCUAGACCUGGUGAAGAGCUACUUGGCUCGGUAUGGGUAUCAGAAUACCCUCCAUGCCCUGGGCGGUCCAGACAACACUGACUCUUCGGAUUCAGAUCCAGAUAACAACUCUUCGGAUUCAGAGAACCACUCUUCGGAUUCAGAUCCAGAUACAGAUCCAGACAACCACCCUCCACAUCCGCCUUCUGGUCUUGAGGUAGUUCUCAGACAGCUUAGGGCUUCCUCUUACUUCUGCCGUCGAUGAAUCUAUUCUGCCUUCACCAGUUGCUUAUAGCCUAACCAUAUCGGCAUCUUUUUGAACAAACACUCAUAAACGUUCCACGGUUCCUUUCAGACUUUUUCGUCGUUUAAUUUCUUUUAGAAAAAUUCUCUUCUUUUUCUUUUUGGCUAUUGUGGAUAAAAGAAAAUAUUUGAUUUCGUAACAAUAGGGGGAAAACUUCAAAUGUCUUUUUCAAUCUCGCAAACAAUAUUGAUACAUCUAUUCUUCUCUA